UCUGGGUGUUUAGAGAGCCCAAAAUGGACGGAAGUGAAUGCCGAUAUGGCCAAACUCACUAAAGGGAUUGAGAAAAAUAACCAGGAAUUGCAGAGUCUACCGUCAUUGGAAAAGAGGGUCAAAGAAAUGGCGGCGGAAAUCAUACAGAUUUGCAGAGUCAGGCUGUCGAUUUAAAUUUACUCCAAGAAAAGAUCGACAUCAGUAGCGACGCCGCGCUCAAAUGGAGAUUGAACUUCAAUGGUUACUUGUCCAGAACGAACGAGAAGCUCACGAAGCCGAAGAUCUUUUCGACGUUGUCACAACAGUCAAAGAAAAGAUUGCAGCCUUAGAAAGUGAAAUACAAAUGGAAAACGACAAAGCUGAGAAAUUCAUCACGACCUUAACAACAGGAAAGCAGGAAAAGUACUCUCAACUGAGGACUGAACAGAACAUACUGGCCAAAGAAGUUGAGAAUACAACCACACAAUUGAGUGCACUGGAAACUAGGGCUCGGAAACUGGAAGAAGAACUACGUCCAUUUCCUGCGAAAGAAUAAAUGUUUCGAUUGCGCAA